AUGGAGGCGGCGAGCACGUCCAGCGCGCAGGACCCGCGCUUCGAGUUCAUCGGCUCCUACGUCGUCAAGUCCCUCAAGCUCAAGCCGGAGAAAUGGCUGCGGCUGCUCAGCGUCGAGGAGCACAGGUCGACCUUGCGGGACUUCGUGGACAAGCCGCGGCCGACGCUGCUAGUGGUGACGCUGACUCACACGGCGCAGCUGCUGCCCGUCGUCUCCUUCCCCUGCUGCCUCAAGAACAAGGCCGUCUACUUCGUCAAGAAGCGCCCCGAUGUCGUGCCCCGCGAGAGCUGCGCCGAUAUGGUCAUUUUUGGUGACCUGGCGCCGCGGCUGAUCGACGAGCUGGCGUCGCUGGUGGACGAGGUACUGGUGCCGCUGCUGUCCAACCCCCUCAACCACGACGGCUGGCCGCGCGUCGUUUCCCAGGACAUCCUCAAGCAGAUACACAACCUCAAGAGCACCGUCUACGAGGUUAAAGGCAAGGUGAACGGUCAGACGGUGCUGCCGAUGCCGGUGGGCGUGGAACUGGUGCACGAGGCGGCGCGGGGGCUGGACCGGGGGGAGGGGGUGGACCUCUACCUCAAGAGCGCCGUUGAGGGCGUCGUCAUCAAGUGGGCGCAGCAGAUCAACGACGUCGUCAUGGAGGACUCCGCGCAGGCCUUCAACAACGGCAACAACCCGCUGCCCAGUGUCGAGCUGGCGUUCUGGAGAUCUCGUGUGAACAACCUGAGCUACAUCUACGACCAGCUGCGCACGGAGCGAGUGCGGUGCAUGGCCGUCAUACUGGAGAAGACCACAUCCGCUUACUACCCCUGCUUCAGUCGACUCUUCAAGAAUAUUGUGUCAGGCCUGGCGGAAGCGAGUGAGAUAGAUCUGUAUUUGAGAACGCUAGAGAAACAUUUCCAAGGUCUGGAGGACACCGACUUCACCGAGUGUCAGGUUCUGUUCCGGCCGCUGUUCCACGUCAUCUGUCUCAUAUGGAGAGACUCCAAGUACUACUGCAGCUCGUCCAAGCUGAUGGUUCUCAUCAAGCAGAUAUGUAACUUGCUAAUUCAUCAGGCAAAGAAGUGUUUGGAUCCGAGUACGCUGUUCCACAGCGACAUAGAUGAAGCGAGACAGCGAAUUCAGCUCACAAUAGACAUACUGAAAAACUUCAGAUCGACGUUCGACUACUUCAAGGAGAGUCUUCCGAAAUAUUUCGUGGACGGCAUCGUCGUACCGUGGACGUUUCACUCCAACAUAGUGUUCGAGAGGAUGAACAAGUUCCUCGACCGGCUCGACACGAUCCAGUGGUUCUUCAAGACGGUUCUAGAGUUUCAAAAGUUGGAGAAAAUCGAGAUCGGCGGGAUGAAGGGCAGGGUGCUGGGCGGGCAGAUACGGGAGAUCUCCACCGAGUUCGACUCCUACUUCCACAGCUUCGCCUCCAAAUCCUACGACGUGCUCGACCCCGAUGACGAAACCUUCAACGAAGACUUCAAGGACUUCCAGGAGAAUAUCAUCGACUUGGACCUAAAACUGUCCACUGUUCUCGUUGAAUCGUUUGACAACUGUUCCACUUUGGAGGCGAUAUUUAAGCUCAUAGAUAUAGUGGGGUCUGUUCUCGACCGUCCACUGAUUAGCAAAGAAUUCACGGCCAAGUACGUGGAAAUUAUUGUGAAGCUCGAGGAGGAGAUUGUUAUAUGCGAAGCUCUGUUCGGCGAGCAGACGACGCGGCUGGAGCGGUACGGGCACAUGGAGGUGGACACGUUCCUGCCACCGGUGGCGGGCGGGCUGCUGUAUAUGAGCAUGCUGGCGGCGCGCGUCACCAAGCCUGUAGCUAGCUUUCGCAAUUUGCCGCACCCGAUAACGGAGUGCGACGAGGCUAAGAAGAUUUUUGAUAGAUACGAGACGCUGAUGAACAAAAUAAACGACUUCAAAAGAAAGUAUUUCAGCGAUUGGUCGGCUAGCAUACCGGAUGUCAUACGAGAAAAAUCCAACAACAGCAUCAUAACGAGGGAGGGCUCCGAUCUUAUAUUAAAUUUUAGUCCUAUGCUGCUGGAAGCGAUGAAAGAGGUCCACCACAUGAGAAACAACAGCGAGGUCAAAGAUCAGCUUCCGACAGAAUGCAUUGAGCUGUACAAGAAGCAGGAAACGUUCAGACAGUACAGAAUCAACCUGAACAUCACCAUCGACUGGUACAACCAGAUACACCAGAACAGCCAGAAGGUCGAGUUUGAUCUUGUCGAGGACGAGAUCAAAGCUAUCGACGUGCAAAUUGAAAAAGCACAGAACGAAUUGAAUUGGAAUUCGUCAGAACUAUGGAACUGCUUACAAGAGCUGCACACGCUUGUCGGCAACCUGUACCAGCGCAUGUCUCGGAUACAAGACAAUCUAAAGGAAAUUAAAAACACAAUGAAGUCGUGGUCCUCGCAGCCGCUGUACGAAAGAAAGGAAGGAAAGAAGGAUACUUUACUCAAUUUGGACGACAGGAAGGAGAGGACAAGCAAACGGUACGCGGACAUCGUGGAGACGGACCGGCGCAUCCGCGAGCUACUGGCGGAGAGCAUGGCGCUGUUCAACAUGGUGGACUGCCCCACCAGCGAUAUCUGGCUCGCCUACGUCGCCUUCAUCGACGCCCUGCUCGAGGAGGCGCUCUUCAAGUCCAUUGCUUGCAGCUUGGGUUACAUAGCUGAGCACAUGAAUCCGAAGAACAAGUUGGAGCCGCUGUUCGAAGCUCAGCUGGAGCUGCUGGACCCCGACAUGGUAUUCAGCCCCACGCUCGACCCCAGCGACGAGGCCGGCUUUACCAGCCUGCUGAACAGCGUCAUCGACGAUAUACUGCGGAUGGCCACCCUCGUGCGGCGCAUAGACCCGCGCCGGGGGGAGAACUACGAUGAGUACGUCGCCGGACACCACGACAUCGUCGACAUGAAGGACGAGAUCAUCAGUAGUAUAGACAAGGUGAUAGAGGACGCGAACGAGUUUUGCAAGACGUUCGAGAACUACUCGUACCUGUGGCUGGAGGAGCGCGACGCCGUGAUGGAGAUAUUCCUGACGUACGGCCGCGUCCUGUCGCCGGACGAGGUGGACAGGCUCGCCGCCGACGACGCUGACGCCGCCAGGCCCGAGCCCGCCCCGCCCAAGAUGGAGGCCUUCCGCGAGCAGAUCGACCACUACGAGAUGCUGUUCCUCGAGAUCGAGGACAUGGACUCCUAUAAAGUCUUCAAUUCUUGGUUUCAAGUGGACAUGCGGCCGUUCCGCCAGGCGCUGCUGAACACGGCGCGCAAGUGGGGCAACAUGUACAAGGAGCACCUCGUCCACACCGUCACCUCCAGCCUCACAGACCUCGCCCGCUUCAUACAUAACGCCGACGAAGGUCUUCUUCAACCGGUCCCUGAGGGCGACUACGAGGCGCUUGUGUCUGUGAUGGGCUACCUGAUGCACGUGAAGGACCGCGCGCUCACCACCGACGACAUGUUUCAGCCGCUCACAGAAACUAUUGAGCUCCUCAAGUUCUACGACAUGGACAUCCCCGAGGAAGUCAAUGUGCUGCUGCAUGAGCUGCCAGAGCAGUGGCAGGCGACGAAGAAGCUGGCGCUGACGGUGAAGCAGCAGGUGGCGCCGCUGCAGGCCGCCGAAGUCGCCUGCAUCAGGAACAAGAUACAGACCUUCGACUCCCACGUCACAUACUACCGGGAGGUCUUCAAGAAGUACGAUUUCUUCAAGUACGCGUGCUCGGAGCCAUACGGGGUGAUGUGUCGCGUGGACCAGGAGAUGUUGCAGCUGGAGCGGGAGAUGCGCGCCAUCCAGCAGUCCGGCGAGCUGUUCGAGGUCAACGUCCCCGACUUCAAGCUGCUCAAGCAGUGCCGGAAGGAGCUCAAGAUGCUGAAGCAACUGUGGGACUACGUGUACAUCGUGCGGACGAGCAUCGAGGACUGGAAGACGACGCCGUGGCGCAAGAUCGACGUCGAGAACAUGGACAUCGAGUGCAAAAAGUUUGCCAAGGAGAUACGGCUGCUCGACAAAGAAAUGAGGACCUGGGACACCUACAUGAACCUGGAGGCGACCGUCAAGAACAUGCUGACGUCGCUGCGCGCGGUCGGCGAGCUGCAGAACCCCGCCAUACGGGAGCGGCACUGGGACCAGCUCAUGAGGACCACCAAGAGCUUAGCCGCACUGCCGCCCGAGUUUACCGUGAAAAUAGUGAUGGACACGAGCACGACGCUGGCGGACCUGCUAGCGUUGAACCUGCACGAGGUGGAGGAGGAGGUGAAGAACAUCGUUGACAAGGCGGUGAAGGAGAUGUCCAUGGAGAAGACGCUGCGCGAGCUGCACGCCACCUGGAGCGGCAUGGAGUUCGAGCAGGAGCGCCACCCGCGCACCGGCGCCGUGCUGCUGCGGGCCAGCGAGGAGCUCAUCGAGACGCUCGAGGAGAACCAGGUGCAGCUUCAGAACUUGAUAACGUCGAAGUUUAUCGCCCACUUCCUGGAGGAGGUGUCGAGCUGGCAGCAGAAGCUGUCGACGGCGGACCAGGUCAUCACUGUGUGGUUCGAGGUGCAGCGGACCUGGACACACCUGGAGAGCAUCUUCAUGAGCUCCGAGGACAUCAGGAAGCAGCUGCCCGAUGACUCGGCGAGAUUCGACCGCAUCGAUGCAGAGUUCAAAAAUUUGUCGACGGAAAUGGCCAAAACUCCAAACGUAGUGAAAGGCACAAAUAAGGAGGGUCUUCUGGAGGUGCUGGACGGUCUCCAGAGGGACCUGAUCAUAUGUGAGAAGGCGCUUGCGGAGUACCUGGAGACGAAGAGGCUCGCCUUCCCCAGGUUCUACUUUGUGUCUUCCGCUGACCUACUGGACAUUUUGUCCAAUGGGAAUCAGGCUGACCUUGUGAUUAGGCAUCUAACAAAGCUGUUCGACUCGAUAGCCAAACUGAAGUUCCAGGAGAGCGAGCAGCCGAGCGAGAAGCUCGCGCUCGGGAUGAUCGCCAAGGAUGGGGAACUGGUGACCUUCCAUGGCACGUGCGACUGUACUGGACCUGUUGAAAUAUGGCUGAACAAACUACAAGACAUAAUGAGGUCGACCAUACGCCAGUAUUUCGGAGAGGCGAUCGUCUCGUACGAGGAGAAGCCGCGCGAGCAGUGGCUGUUCGACUUCAUGGCGCAGGUGUCCCUGUGCUGCUCCCAGAUCUGGUGGACCACGGAAGUCAACAUCGCCUUCGGCCGGCUGGAGGAGGGCUACGACAACGCGCUGAAGGACUACUACAAGAAGCAGCUCUCGCAGCUGAGUACCCUCAUCACGCUGCUCAUCGGGGAGCUGAGCAAGCAGGACCGACAGAAGAUCAUGACGAUCUGCACCAUCGACGUCCACUCCCGCGACGUAGUGAGCAAGAUGAUCCAGGGCAAGGUGGAGUCGGGCUCGGCGUUCCAGUGGCAGUCGCAGCUCCGACACAGAUGGGACGAGGGGGACUUCCACUGUUUCGCGAACAUCUGCGACGCGCAGUUCCGGUACAGCUACGAGUACCUCGGCAACACGCCGCGCCUCGUCAUCACGCCGCUCACCGACAGAUGCUACAUAACACUCACGCAGUCUUUACAUCUGGUGAUGGGCGGAGGUCCGGCGGGGCCGGCGGGCACGGGCAAGACGGAGACCACCAAGGACCUGGGCCGGGCGCUGGGCAUCAUGGUCUAUGUGUUCAACUGCUCCGAACAAAUGGACUACCAGUCUUGUGGCAACAUAUACAAGGGUUUGGCGCAGACCGGCGCGUGGGGCUGCUUCGACGAGUUCAACAGGAUAUCUGUGGAGGUGCUGUCGGUGGUCGCCGUGCAAGUUAAGUCGGUACAGGACGCGAUCAGAGACAAAAAGGAGAAGUUUAAUUUCAUGGGCGAAAUAAUAGCGUUAGUGCCUUCGGUGGGUAUUUUCAUCACCAUGAACCCUGGCUACGCGGGCCGGACGGAGCUGCCCGAGAAUCUUAAGGCUCUCUUCCGUCCGUGCGCUAUGGUCGUUCCGGACUUCGAAUUGAUCUGCGAGAUCAUGUUAGUCGCCGAAGGGUUUCAGGAAGCGAAAAUUUUGGCAAGAAAGUUUAUCACUCUGUACACGCUGUGCAAGGAGCUGCUGUCCAAGCAGGACCACUACGACUGGGGUCUGCGGGCUAUCAAGUCCGUUCUGGUCGUAGCGGGGUCUCUGAAGCGCGGUGAUCCGGGCCGGCCCGAGGAGGAGGUUCUGAUGAGAACUCUUCGGGACUUCAACAUACCAAAAAUAGUAACCGACGACAUGCCAGUGUUCAUGGGUCUGAUCGGGGAUCUGUUCCCCGCACUCGAGGUACCUAGAAAACGGGAUCUUGAGUUCGAGAGAACGGUCAAGCAGGCGGCCAUGGACCUGCUCCUCCAACCCGAAGAUAACUUCAUUCUCAAGGUCGUCCAACUGGAGGAGCUGCUGGAAGUCCGUCACUCCGUGUUCAUCGUCGGAAACGCCGGCACCGGCAAGACUCAAGUUUGGAAAACUCUGUUCAAAACCUACCAGAAUUUAAAGAAGAAGCCGAUCUUCAACGAUCUCAACCCUAAGGCGGUCACCAACGACGAGCUGUUCGGCAUCAUAAACCCGGCGACCAGGGAGUGGAAGGACGGCCUGUUCUCCGUGAUAAUGAGGGAUCAGGCCAACCUGGCCGGGGAGAACCCCAAGUGGAUAGUGCUGGACGGGGACAUCGAUCCGAUGUGGAUCGAAUCUCUCAACACGGUGAUGGAUGACAAUAAGAUCUUGACGUUAGCGAGUAACGAAAGAAUCGCUCUCACGCCCAGUAUGAGGCUGAUGUUCGAGAUAUCCAACUUGCGGACCGCCACGCCGGCCACCGUCUCCCGCGCUGGUAUCCUGUACAUCAAUCCGCAAGACUUGGGAUGGAACCCGUACGUUACCAGCUGGAUCGAAACGCGAAAGGUACCGGCGGAGAAGUCGAACCUGGUGAUACUGUUCGACAAGUACAUCCCGCCGUGCCUGGAGACGGUCCGCAACAGGUUCAAGAAGAUCACGCCCAUCGCCGAGAUGGCGCAUAUUCAGAUGCUGUGCCACCUGCUGGACUGUCUGCUCGUCCCGGAGAACACCCCACCGGAUUGUCCCAAAGACUGGCACGACAUUUACUUCGUUUUCGCCUGCGUCUGGGCGUUCGGUUCUGCCAUGUUUCAAGACACGAAUGUGGACUAUAGAAUUGAAUUUUCAAAAUGGUGGCUCAACGAAUUCAAGAAUGUAAAAUUUCCGACCGGCGGAACCGUCUUCGAUUACUACAUCGACUCCGAAACUAAGCAGUUUACUCCGUGGACCGAGAAGAUUAGCAAAUUCGAGCUGGACUCCGACAUACCCUUACAAGCAGUUUUGGUGCCGACCGCCGAUACGAUCAAGAUAAGGUUCUUCCUGGACUUGCUGAUGAAGAACAAGCACCCGGUGAUGCUGGUGGGCGGCGCGGGCUGCGGCAAGACGGUGCUCGUCAAUGAGAAGUUACAGAGUCUUUCAGAGAGCUACGCGAUCCAAUCCGUUCCGUUCAACUUCUACACGACGUCGGAGAUGCUGCAGAAGAUCCUGGAGAAGCCGCUGGAGAAGAAGGCGGGGCGGAACUACGGCCCGCCCGGCAACAAGACGCUCAUCUACUUCAUCGACGACAUGAACAUGCCCGAGGUGGACGCCUACGGCACCGUGCAGCCCCACACCAUCAUCCGCCAGCACCUCGACUACAACCACUGGUACGACCGCACGAAGCUGACGCUGAAGGACAUCCACAACACGCAGUACGUGUCGUGCAUGAACCCCACGUCCGGCAGCUUCACCAUCAACCCGCGCCUGCAGCGACACUUCUGCGUCUUCGCCAUCAGCUUCCCCAACGCCGAGGCCCUCAACGGCAUCUACUACAACAUCCUCAGCCAGCACCUCACCAACCCCGAGCUGAGAAUCAACGCGCAGAUCGCUAAAUUGUCGACCAAUGUGGUGUCAGCGACCAUCGCGCUGCACAACAAGGUGUCGCAGGUGUUCCUGCCCACAGCCAUCAAGUUCCACUACAUAUUCAACUUGAGGGAUCUGUCCAACGUCUUCCAGGGUUUCCUGUUCAGUACUAACGAGUGCCUGGUGAACCCGUCCGACAUAAUCCGCCUGUGGCUGCACGAGACCCACCGCGUGUACGGCGACAAGCUCACGGAGGAGAAGGACAUCGACGCCUUCUUGAAGAUGCAAAUCGACAUGUGUAAAAAGAAUUUCGAAGACAUAGACGAGGGCGCGGUGUUCGAGAAGCCGAACAUCUACUGCCACUUCGCGGGCGGCAUCGGCGAGCCCAAGUACAUGAGUGUGGCGAGCUGGGCCGACCUCCGCCGCCUGCUGACGGAGGCCAUGGCCAGCUACAACGACCUCAUCGCCGCCAUGAACCUCGUGCUCUUCGAGGAUGCCAUGAUGCACAUCUGCAGGAUCAGUAGAAUCCUGGAGAGUCCCCGCGGCAGCGCCCUGCUGGUGGGUGUGGGGGGGUCGGGGAAGCAGUCGCUCUCGCGGCUGGCGGCGUUCAUCUCCAGCCUGGAGGUGCUGCAAAUACAGCUCAAGAAAGGCUACGGCGUCGCCGAUCUGAAGCACGAGUUGUCAGGGCUGUACAUCAAGACCGGUCUCAAGAACGUGGGCAUCAUGUUCCUUAUGACGGACGCGCAGGUCGCCAACGAGCAGUUCCUGGUGCUCAUCAACGACCUGCUCGCCUCCGGGGAGGUCGCCGACCUCUUCCCCGAUGACGAGAUCGAGAACAUCAUAGCUGGUGUUAGGAAUGAGGUCAAAGGGGCGGGCCUGCCGGACACACGCGAGAACUGCUGGAAGUUCUUCAUAGACCGCGUGCGAAAGCAGCUGAAGGUGGUGCUGUGCUUCUCGCCGGUGGGCUCCACACUGCGGGUGCGCGCGCGCAAGUUCCCCGCGCUCAUCAACUGCACCUCCAUCAACUGGUUCCACGAGUGGCCGCAGGAGGCGCUCGUCUCGGUCUCCAUGAACUUCUUGGAGGAUUUACAUGCUUUGCCUAUAAGCCUCCGCGAUUCGGUGUCGCGGUUCAUGGCGUACGUGCACACGUCGGUGAACACGAUAUCGAAGGCGUACCUGUCCAACGAGCGGCGGUACAACUACACCACGCCCAAGAGCUUCCUCGAGCAGAUCAGCCUCUACUCCAAGCUCGUCAACCAGAAGACCGAGGAGCUGCGCGCCAAGAUAGUCAGACUAGAAAACGGCUUAGAAAAAUUGCGAAGCACGGCGUCGCAGGUGGACCAGCUAAAGGCGAAGUUGGCGGUGCAGGAGAUCGAGCUGCAGCAGAAGAACGAGGCCGCCGACAAACUCAUCGAAAUGGUCGGCGUCGAAACUGCCAAAGUUCAGAGCGAAAAAGCAUUAGCCGAUGAGGAGGAAGAAAAGGUAGCGGUGAUCGCGGAGGAGGUUUCCAAGAAGCAGAAGGACUGCGAGGAGGACCUGAUCAAGGCGGAGCCGGCGCUGGUGGCGGCACAGGAGGCGCUCAAUACGCUCAACAAGGCCAACCUCACCGAGCUCAAGUCCUUCGGCUCCCCGCCCGGUGCCGUCACCAACGUCACCGCCGCCGUCAUGGUGUUGCUGGCGCCGGGCGGGAAGAUACCCAAGGACAGGAGUUGGAAAGCCGCCAAGAUGGUGAUGGCUAAAGUGGAUAUGUUCCUUGAAUCGUUGAUCAACUACGACAAAGAGAACAUUCAUCCCGACGUUAUAAAAGCUAUCCAACCGUACUUGAAGGAUUCAGAAUUUGAACCAGAGUUCGUGCGGUCGAAGUCAGCGGCGGCGGCGGGCCUGUGCGCGUGGGUGAUCAACAUCAUCAAGUUCUACGAAGUGUUCUGCGACGUCGAGCCCAAGCGGAAGGCGCUCGCCGCCGCCAACGCCGAGCUCGCCGCCGCCACUGAGAAACUCAAGUCUAUCAAGUCCAAAGUCGCUUCUUUGGAGGAGCAACUGGCUACGCUGACAGCGGAUUUCGAGAAGGCGACCCUGGAGAAGCUGAAAUGUCAGCAGGAGGCGGACGCGACGAGUCGGACCAUACAGCUCGCCAACAGACUCGUUAACGGACUGGCCAGCGAGAACGUCAGAUGGGCCGAGGCCGUUUCAAAUUUCAUGCAGCAGAGUACGACGCUGCCCGGGGACGUGCUGCUGGUCUGCGCGUUCAUAUCCUACGUGGGAUGUUUCGUUAAGCUCUACCGACUCGACUUGCUCCAUAAAAACUGGCUUGUAUACUUGAAGACACUUGAGCCGCCUAUCCCCAUAACGGAGGGUCUGGACCCGCUGGUGAUGCUGACGGACGACACGACGAUCGCGAUGUGGCAGAACGAGGGGCUGCCCUCCGACCGCAUGAGCACCGAGAACGCCACCAUACUCUCCAACUCCGACCGGUGGCCGCUCAUGAUCGACCCCCAGCUCCAAGGCGUCAAGUGGAUCAAACAGAAGUACGGCGACAUACUGCGGGUGAUACGCCUGGGGCAGAAGGGCUACCUCGACACCAUAGAGAAGGCCAUCAUCAAGGGCGAGACCGUGCUGCUGGAGAACAUCGCCGAGACCGUCGACCCCGUCCUCGACCCCCUGCUCGGGAGAAACCUCAUCAAGAAGGGAAGGGCAAUCAAAAUUGGUGACAAAGAAAUCGAGUACAGCCCCAAUUUCAAGCUGAUCUUGCACACGAAACUCGCCAACCCCCACUACAAGCCAGAGAUGCAAGCUCAGACGACGCUCGUCAACUUCACCGUGACGAGAGACGGGCUGGAGGAUCAGCUGCUGGCCGAGGUGGUGAAGGCCGAGAGGCCGGAUCUGGAGGAGCUGAAGGCGGAGUUGACGAAGCAGCAGAACCAGUUCAAGAUCCAGCUCAAGGAGCUCGAGGAUGACCUGCUGUCCCGCCUGUCCUCUGCCGGCGAGAACAUUCUGGGUGACACGGCUUUGAUCGAGAAUUUGGAGACAACGAAGAAAACUGCAGCGGACAUAGAGAAAAAGGUGACGGAGGCGAAGGUGACGUCGCACCAGAUCGACCAGGCGCGGGAGUUCUACCGGCCGGCGGCGGCGCGCGCCUCGCUGCUUUACUUCAUACUCAACGACCUUAACACCAUCAACCCUAUUUAUCAGUUUUCGUUGAAGGCGUUCAGCGUGGUUUUCCAAAAGGCGAUAUCGAAAGCGGAGCCAUGUGAGGAAGUCAGUCAGAGGAUCAAGAAUUUGAUCGACUGCAUCACGUACUCCGUGUUCCAGUACACCUCGCGGGGGCUGUUCGAGUGUGACAAACUUAUUUUUGCAUCACAGAUGACCUUCCAGAUAUUACUGAUGAGCGAGGACAUAUCUCCAGCGGAAUUGGACUUCUUCCUCCGUUUCCCGAUAAAACCUCACGUCACGAGUCCAGUAGACUUCCUGUCGAACCAGAGCUGGGGAGGGAUCUGUUCGCUGGCUAGCAAGGACGAGUUUCGGAACCUGGACCGAGAUAUAGAGACGUCGCAGAAGCGGUGGAAGAAAAUCGUGGAGAUGGAGUGCCCGGAGAGAGAGAAGUUUCCUCAGGAAUGGAAGAACAAAACUGCUCUUCAAAGGCUCUGCAUGUUGAGAGCGCUUCGCCCGGAUAGGAUGACCUACGCUGUCGCUGCCUAUAUCGAGGAACAGAUGGGUGCAAAGUACGUCGAGAACAGAACAAUGGAGUUCAGUAAAUCGUUCGAGGAGACGAGUCCGACCACCCCGAUCUUCUUCAUUCUGUCUCCCGGCGUCAACCCGCUGAAGGACGUGGAGGCGCUCGGCAAGGUGAUGGGCUUCACGUCAGACGAGGGGAACUUCCACAACGUGUCACUGGGUCAGGGCCAGGAGGUCGUGGCGGAGCAGGCCAUGGACGAGGCGUUGAAAAAGGGCCACUGGGUGGUGCUACAGAAUAUCCACCUGGUGAAGAAAUGGCUGCCGAGCCUGGAGAAGAAGAUGGAAAGUUUCGCGCUGGGCUGCGACGCGCAGUUCCGGCUGUUCAUGUCGGCAGAGCCGGCCGCCACGCCCACAGCGCACAUCAUCCCGCAGGGCAUCCUGGAGUCCAGCAUCAAGAUCACCAACGAGCCGCCCACCGGCAUGCAGGCGAACCUGCACAAGGCGCUGGACAACUUCAACCAGGAGACGCUGGAGAUGUGCGGCAAGGAGGCGGAGUUCAAGGCCAUCCUGUUCGCGCUGUGCUACUUCCACGCCGUCGUCGCCGAGCGCCGCAAGUUCGGCCCGCAGGGCUGGAACAAGAUAUACCCCUUUAACGUCGGUGACCUGACAAUAAGCGUGUUCGUGCUGUACAACUACCUGGAGGCGAACUCGCGCGUGCCGUGGGAGGACCUGCGCUACCUGUUCGGGGAGAUCAUGUACGGCGGCCACAUCACCGACGACUGGGACCGCCGCCUUUGCAACGCCUACCUCGAGGAGCUGAUGCAGCCGGACUUGGUCGAUGGGGAGCUGCAGUUGGCACCAGGUUUUCCAGCACCACCCAACACCGAUUACUCUGGCUACCAUCAAUAUAUUGAGGAGGCGAUGCCGACCGAAUCUCCAUACUUAUACGGCCUACAUCCAAACGCCGAGAUCGGUUUUCUGACGACCACGUCUGAAAAUCUGUUCCGUACGAUCUUCGAGAUGCAGCCGAGAGAUGCGCAAGCCGCCGGAGCUACUACUGUUACAAGAGAAGACAAGGUGAAGCAGAUGCUGGACGAGAUCGUGGAGAAGCUGCCGGAGGAGUUCAACAUGGCGGAGAUCAUGGGCAAGGUGGAGGAGCGCACGCCGUACGUCAUCGUCGCGUUCCAGGAGUGCGAGCGCAUGAACCACCUCACCGGCGAGAUGCGCCGCUCGCUGCGGGAGCUCGACCUGGGCCUCAAGGGGGAACUUACUAUCACAUCGGAUAUGGAGGAGUUGGAGAAUGCGCUAUUUCUGGAUCAGGUGCCGGCGAUCUGGGCCAACAGAGCGUACCCCUCGCUGCUGGGUCUGUCCGCCUGGUUCGUCGACCUGCUGCUGCGACUACGCGAGUUAGAGACCUGGGCGACCGAUUUUGUGCUGCCGACGUCUGUGUGGCUGGGCGGGUUCUUCAACCCGCAGAGCCUGCUGACGGCCAUCAUGCAGAGCACGGCGCGUCGGUACGAGCUGCCGCUGGACAAGAUGUGCCUGCAGUGUGACGUCACCAAGAAGAUGAAGGAGGACUUCACUAUCGCGGACCUGCGCGGCGCGGCGCGGGACGGCGCGUACGUGCACGGGCUGCAGCUGGAGGGCGCGCGCUGGGACGUGCCCGCCGGCAUCAUCAUGGACUCCCGACUCAAGGACCUCUUCCCGCCCAUGCCCGUCAUCAACGUUAGGGCCAUCACGCAGGACAAACAGGAGCUGCGCAACAUGUACGAGUGCCCGGUGUACAAGACGCGCACGCGCGGGCCCACCUUCGUGUGGACCUUCAACCUCAAGACCAAGGACAAGCCCGCCAAGUGGACGCUCGCCGGCGUCGCGCUGCUGCUGCAGACAUAAUAAACUUCUGCGAGAU